AUGAAAACUCAGGUUAACACAAAGGCUUCGCGCGCUGACUGCUUGUUCAUCGCCAAGCUCGCCGAGCAAGCAGAACGAUGGGAUGACGUGAUAUCACAACUCAAGUCCAUCAUCGCCUACUCCGAUGCCCAGCUCACCACGGAAGAGCGCAACCUGCUCUCCAUCGCGUAUAAGAACAUCACGGGCACCCUGCGCGCAAGCUGGCGCGCCGUCGACCAAAUCGAGAAGCACGAGAGGAUGGUCCCCGACGUCCCGCGGCACGAGCUCGCGUUGCUGCAGCGCGAGCGCGAGCGGAUCGAGAAUGAGCUGGCGAACCGGUGCACCGAGCUUCUGAGGCUGCUCGAGAAGACGCUCACGCCGGCUGCGAGCAUCGGCGAAGAGCGGGUCUUCUAUCACAAGAUGCAAGGCGAUUAUUACCGCUACCUCGCAGAGUUCGCGACGCGCGCGCUGCGCGAGUCGAGCGCCACCCGCGCGCUCGAGUCGUACAAGGCCGCGUACAAGCACGCGCUGGCCACGCUCGAGCCGUGGCACCCGACGCGCCUCGGGCUCGCGCUCAACUUCGCCGUCUUUUUCCGCGACGUGCGCGCGAGCCCCGAGCGCGCGUGCCACCUCGCGAAGCACGCGUUCGACGAGGCCGUGCUGGGCCUCGAGCUGGAGCCGGAGCGCGCGGGGAAGGACGCGCUCAUGAUUCUGCAGCUGUUGCGUGACGAUCUGGUGCUGUGGGCGGAAGAGAUGGUGCAGCAAGAUGCUAUGAACCUAUGA